AUGGCAGGAAGCUCGAGGGGCCAGCUUAAUGGAAAAGUUGCCUUGGUGACAGGCGCCGGUAUGGGCUUUGGAUCUGGUAUAUACCCUUUUGCCCCUCCUCCCCUUGACAGGGUCUCGUGGAUCAAAAGACUUACUUGUGUCCGGGACCUAGCCAUCACGAACAAGUUCCAGCAAGAGGGUGCCAAGGUUGUCGCAGUGGACGUCAGCCCCAAGCUCCAGGAAAGUGUGGCCGAGUUGUACCCAGACGGCAGCGUCGUGGCAGUCAUAGGUGAUGUCUCCAAGGUGGACACAUGGAAUAAGGCCCUGGAGACGGCGGUGAACAAGUUCGGCAAGCUCGACAUCGUUGUGAACAACGCCGGAGUCAUCUACGAUAACACGCCGAGCCACGAGGUUGAGGAAGAGGAAUUCGACCGUCUCAUGCGGAUCAACGUCAAGUCCCUCUUCUGGAGCUGCAAGGUAAUCGUGCCCUACCUCCAGAAACGCGGUGAAGGAGGGAACUUCGUCAACCUUUCGAGCACUGGUGCCUCGAGACCGAGGCCCGGCGUGACAUGGUACUCGACUACCAAAGGCGCGGUGAGCAUCAUGACGAAGAGUCUGGGUGUGGAAUACGCCCCCAAUAAGAUCCGGUUCAAUGCUAUCCUCCCUGCCCUGGGAGAAACUGCAAUGUAA